GGGAGGGAGGGGCGCGGACAUGGCGGCCAACAUGUACCGGGUCGGAGAUUACGUCUAUUUUGAGAACUCUUCAAGUAAUCCAUACCUGAUCAGAAGAAUCGAAGAACUCAAUAAAACUGCGAAUGGCAACGUGGAAGCCAAAGUGGUGUGUUUUUACCGGCGUCGCGACAUCUCCAACAGCCUCGUAAUGCUUGCUGACAAACAUGCUACAGAAGAAAUGGAAGAAGAGUCUGAAACGACGAACGAAGCGGAUUUGACCGACAAACAGAAGCAUCAGCUGAAACACAGAGAGCUGUUCUUAUCCCGUCAAUACGAAUCUCUUCCGGCAACGCAUAUCAGGGGGAAGUGCAGCGUCACCCUUUUGAACGAGACCGAGUCGGUGCUGUCCUACCUUGACAAAGAGGACACCUUUUUCUACUCCUUGGUUUACGACCCAUCACUGAAAACACUCUUGGCAGAUAAGGGUGAAAUCAGGGUGGGACCCAGAUACCAAGCUGAUAUUCCAGACAUGCUCCAAGAAGGAGAAGGAGAUGAGCGUGAGCCAUCCAAGCUAGAAGUAAAAGUGUGGGACCCCGAUAGCCCUCUGACCGACCGACAGAUAGACCAGUUUCUCGUCGUGGCCCGCGCGGUGGGGACGUUUGCCCGAGCCCUGGACUGUAGCAGCUCGGUCCGGCAGCCGAGUCUCCACCUGAGCGCAGCAGCAGCUUCCCGAGACAUCACGCUGUUCCACGCCAUGGACACGCUGUUCCGGCACAGCUGUGACCUGAGCAGCGCUCUGGGGGUGCUGGUGCCCCUCGGGGGGCCCGUCCUGUGUCGAGACGAGAUGGAAGAGUGGUCUGCCUCGGAGGCCAGCCUGUUCGAAGAGGCUUUGGAGAAGUACGGCAAAGACUUCAACGACAUCCGGCAGGAUUUCCUCCCAUGGAAGUCUCUGACGAGCAUCAUCGAGUACUACUACAUGUGGAAGACAACGGACAGAUACGUGCAGCAGAAACGCCUGAAGGCAGCUGAAGCAGAGAGCAAGCUGAAACAGGUGUACAUCCCAUCCUACAACAAACCCAACCCCAAUCAGAUCGCCAGUGGCAGCACAAAGCCGGGCUCCGUGAACGGGGCCACUGGACCCCCUGGCCCACCCCAGAACCCUCUGGCCGGCCGGGCCUGUGAGAGCUGCUACACCACGCAGUCCCACCAGUGGUAUUCCUGGGGGCCACCAAACAUGCAGUGUAGACUAUGUGCGACGUGUUGGCUUUAUUGGAAAAAGUAUGGAGGCCUGAAAAUGCCCACACAGACUGAGGAAGAGAGACUGUCCCCCAACCCCGCCACGGAGGAUUCCCGUGUCCGCGGUCACAUGUCCCGCCACGCCACUCAGGGAGCACCAGUGCGCAACACGGGCAGCCCACGUUCGGCCGUGAAGACGCGCCAGGCCUUCUUCCUCCACACGACGUGCUUGACCAAGCUGGCGCGGCAGGUGUGCAGGGGUGCGCUGCAGCUGCGGAGGGCGGCCCGGCGCCCGUUCGUGCCCCUCAACUGUGCGGCCGUCAGGGCAGAGUACGCAGACAGACACCCGGACACUGAAGCCUCCAGGAGUCCCCUGAAGACGAGGAUUCCUCGGAAGACUCUGUCGUGUAUCGUGGGCUACUUAGAGAUCCAUCCCACCAGGAGAGUCCCUGGGACCCGCUCCUCUUCACCCCACCCCUCCACGCCCCUGCACAGCCCAGCCACCAAGCGGAUGCUCCCAGCCCCCAGCCACACGGCCCUCAGCCUCCGGGGCAAGAGGAAUUUCAGCCACCACCGUGGGCUCGGAGAUCUCACGUGCUGCGUCUCCGACUGAGCCGCCGUCCAUCUGCCCAUUGCAGCCACUGGGCCCCACCUGCGCAAGGCGAGAUGUCCCCAGCCCCGCCCUGCCCAGCUGUGCCCUGCCCUCGUGGGGGUGCGUGGCCCGCCUAGAGGACAGCCUGCACCGGGGCUGGGGCCCGGGACGCCGGCGUGGGAAUUCCAGCCCAGCCGGAGGUGGCACCAGCACUGCAUCUGCAGGACCACCUGCACCUUGUCCCCCACACACUUGUCUCCUGUGCUUGCCAGGCGGUGCAUGUCUCCACCCAUGGACCCCUGGCCAAGAUUCUCCCCUGGGCCCUGGGCCCUGGGCCUGCAAAGCAGGCAGUCCGUGAGUCCAUGGAGCCUGGCCCCAGCUGGAGUGAGCCAGAGGCCAGCAGCUGAGCCUCUUUUAGAGUGGAUUUUCCCACAGUUUCUACAGUGACGGGAGUAAGAGAUUGUCAGUCCUGGCCCAACACCUCUGUCUUGUGGAGCCAAUGUGGCCAGUCCAGUCCCCGGGCACCAUUACAGCCACUGGGCCCCACUGCAUCUGCACAGCUGCCCUGCUGUUGCUGCAUUCAAUCACUGCAUCCGCACAGUCGCCCUACCGCUGCUGCAUUCGCUCGGCCCAUGGCUGUUACUGCCCUCACAUACUGCGAUCACUGCACCUACUCCACCCUGCUGUUGCUGAAUCUCUUCAGUUGCAUUGCUAUCACUGCAUUCACACUACAGCUGCCCUAGGCCCAGCUCUGCCCCCAAUCCCCACAGCCUGGGGCCUGGAGCUCAAUGGGGAGAGGAGAAUGAAGGGAGAAAAGGGUCGAGGAGAUCUAGAGAGUUCUUGGGAUGUCUGCAGGUUGGGCGGAUGUCCCGGGCAAGGGUAGAGGGAGAGUCUGGGUUAACAGUCACCAGUGCAAGAUUUGUUGAUCCAAUGCCCGUCUCCCCUCACCCCCAGCUCUGGGGGCUCCUCCUCCCUGAACUGGCCACUCAGCUCCUGGAGGCCACAGGGCCUCAGGCCAGGUCCAGCCCUACCCCCUAGCUGUCACUGCCAGUCCCACCAACCUCAGCCCUGAGACCCUGUUCUUCCACUGCUUUGUUCUCUCCCUCCCUCUCCACCCCAAUGCACACACUCUCUCACUAUCACAGUCACGCAGGUUGUUGUUGGAGGAUGGACAGAGUCUGUCCUGUCCCUGAAGGUCAGUGUGGCUCUCCACAUCUGCCGGCCUCUGUGUGAUGGUUCCUACUCUGGCUCAGCCCCACGGUCCCUCCAACCCGGGAUCCACCUCCAACAGCACAAUCGGAUGCCAGGAAAAUCCAGGAGUUUUGUGCCCUCCUGGACACCCAUCCUCUUGGGUAGUAGAGAUGGAUGGUUCAAUACACCUGAUUUCUGUCUCUAUCCCUGACUCUCCUCCACUGAUUCAGCACAGACUGACCAACACUCCUGACUCUUCUUCAUCCUUGACUCUCCCCAAGUGACCCAACAUGGAUCAUCCAACAGCCCCUGACUUCUCCAUCCCUGACUCUCCCCCAGUGACCCAGCACGGACCAUCCAAUACCUCCAACUCUUCCCUUCUCCAUCCCUGACUCUCCCCUAGUGACCCAGCAUGGGCCUUCAGCAUGCCCCUCUAUCCCUGACCCCUGUGCCCACAACAUCCCCCCCAACACCCAGUGACCCAGCACGGAUGCCCAUCCUCAGAGCUGUCCAAACCCCCAUGACCGGCCGGUAUUCUCUGUGAACAAAAAUGUCUUUGAUGUUUCUGCUUUGGACCCCGACUCUGCCAGAGUGCUUGGCCCCUUCAUCUGGUGCUGCAGAGAUUUGCUCAGUGUGUCGCUGCCCAGAGGGUGAACACUCAGCCUCUCCCCAUGUGCAUGCCCCUGCCAUCCCUCUGCCAGAGCAUGAGCCAGGAAUGGGCCACACUGGGGCCACUUCCUGAAUUUCCAGGUUUUAUGCAGCUUCCUACUUAUCUGCAGCUUGAUUUCUUCCAAGCCUGGCCCAGAUUCCUUUGGUUCUGAGAUCCCCAAGAGGCCGGGACUACUAGGGGCAGGGGGGAGGGUGGCAGAGCCAAGUGAAGGCUGCUGACAGUGAGGCUUGGUUUCCAUGGGGGCCAUGCCGCUGGUCAGAGCUGGACUCAUUCAGGACUGAAGGGCAGUUUCUCUGUGUGGUCACCUGCUGCCAAUGACCCUACAGUACUAGCCCUAGCCUGAAUGCCACCAGCCCAGCACCACCCCUGGCCCUGUCCCCCAGCUCCCCUGACCAGGCCCAGAGUCCCCACCUGCAUUGCCCAAUCUGAUCUCACCUCUCUCACGGACUUUCUGUGGGCAGGAAAGGAAUGGUGAGGGCCUGGUCAAUGGGAGAUGAUCGCUGGCCACAGACUAUGGAACCCUGCUUCUUUGUCACUGUCUUUCUCUCUGUGUCCAUCUCUGCUCCUCUGUUACUGUCUCUGAGUGGCUGUACUAGCAGUAGUAGUAGAAUUUACUGAGCACCCACUUGAUGUAGUGCGUUAUAUUGGGAGCUUGGGACUAUGGCUCUAUCUUUGCACUGUCUCUAUUUCUGUGUCUCUGUCUUUGUGCCUGUGUCUGUCUCGAUCCCCGUCUCUGGAACCCCCCGUCUCUCUCUGCCCCUGUAUCUGUCUGUCUGUUCAUCUGCUCCUCUGUAGAAGGGUCCAACCCAGCCCCAGCAGCUGUUUCAUGAGAUGUGUGUGCAUGUGUUUUCAGGGGUGGGGAGGUGGGGCUCUAUCCCUUAGUGACCACAAAUCUCCCAGCUCAGGGGCAGGUGAAGAGUGGGCUCUCUGGUGAUCAGCAGUGACCCCUGGGGGGUUGAGGAAAAUUCCUAGGACUCUGUCCCAAGUGUUUAUACUUCCCUAGAAGGUCAUUCAGUCCAGGACCCUGCCUCCAAGCAGAUGAACAAUUUCCCAUCCCAACACACACACACACAUAUAUCCAGCAGGACAGGCAGGCCUCACAAUUUUCUGGGGUGUGGCCUCACAACUCUCCAGAGGGGUGACUCCACAACAUUGCUGUGUUACCUACCCUAGGGUUCACCCCCCUGGAAGUUCUUCCAUGUUUUCCUUGACAAUCUUUCCUGCUGCUUUGUAGCCAGUGGCCAUUGCUUCAGGAGAGGACUUCACAAGGCACUGGGCUGGGGGGAGGAUAGGACACACACAGAGACUUGAUCCCUGACCUGGGCUUUAGUCUGUGCUCUGUAGGGGUGUGGGCAGAGUUCUCUGGGGGGCAGUGUGUGUGUGUGUGUGUGUGUGUGUGUGUGUGUGUGUUCCACAACCUUGGUUCAGGCCACCCAUGGGCGGGGGGAGGAUGGAGGGACAGAGUGGCUCUGUCCCUUCCUGAGAGAACAGAGGCAACAGCUGGGCUAGUUCUGAUUGGGACCGGGAUUGAGGUGGGGGAAGAUAAGGACGUUGACUCAGCUCUCCGGUUCUGUGAAGCUCAAAGAAGCUUUUAGAAGAGGGAACUGGGCUGGUGGGGAUGGGAGGGAGCAUGGUGAUGAGCACAGAGUGCAAGGACAAGGGGCAGGUGGAGAAUUCCCCAGGAUUCAGGGUUUCUACCUCGGUGACCCUGCAGGUGACCAUCCCCAUCCCCACACUCACCAUAAUGGUCCAGUAUGACCUGGGGCUCACAGCUCCGGAACUACACCCCAGAAUCCAUUCCACCCCAAUGAUCACCCCAGUCCAAACUUUCAUUAUGCCCACUUAAAUCAGCCUCUCUGCUGACUUCUCUGCCUCCAGCCUCUCCCCUCUCCAAUCCAGGCUUCGUUCUGCUCCUGGAAUCAUUUCCUUAGAAUGUUGUUCUGUGCACGUUUCCCCAGUCCUCCAGAACGUCCAGUUGAGACCCAUCCCUCUGUAUUAAGCAGAAACUCCUGACCACCGGCUUCGAUGUUCUCCACCAACUUUUCCCUUCAUCCACAACUUCUCAGCUCUGCAGCUUCCCCUCUCUGCUCCUCUCACGCUCCCCUCCCAAGGGAACCCCGCACGUGCCUGCCCCUCUCCCAUUUGGAAAACCUUCUCCUCAGAGAAGCCUUCCGGAUGCAAUCAAUGGCAUUUAUUGAGCGUUUACUAUGUACAGAGAACUGUACCAAGUAUUUAGUGCUAAAUACUGUACUAAUAUGCAGCCUCCCUCCCACCCCACCCCAACUUCUGGUCUGUUACCCCAUCAGUGAGUUCAGCACUUAAGGAUUGAUCGGUUCAUUGAUUUGCUAUUUAUUGUGUACCCCUCUGUGUCUACUGAGGAUAUCUGCCGUCUUCCUCUUGUCCGCCGUGCAUGCGUCAGUUUAUGUCUGCAGUCUCCCCGGUUAGACUGUGAGCUCCUCAAGAGCAGGGAACACAUUCUGGUUUGUUCACAAGUAUCAAGUACUGUGCUUGGAGGAGACAAUUCUGAUUCAGGGGCAUAAACGGCUGAAGUAUCUAGCUAGCUUUUGCCUGUGAACACCCAGAUCCAAAUAAGACCCGAAAGUGGAUUAUUGGCCCAAUGUGGACGUGUCUUCCUCCCCAACCUCAGCUUACAGAAAUUGCUCA